UUGCUCUGCUCUGCGAAUUCCUUUCUCGUAAUCCCUCUCUCUCUCUCUCUCUCUCUCAAUCACCGUCCAAAACCCAAAUUCCCAUUACUCCCCCUUUUCUCUCUCUCUCUCUCUCUCUCUCUCUCUCUCUCUCAAUUCUCCAUACAUGGAGCUUUUCCGAGAACUCCUCAUCUCUGUCGGUAUCUCCCUCCUUGUCUCUUUCGUCCUCGCCAAGCUCUUCUCAAUGGCCUCCCCUUCUCCUUCCACUACUCCACACGACACCAUCUCCUCCUCCUCCUCCUCCUCCCCUUCCCCUGCCCUUUCCAAAGAAUCCGUCUUCGUCGCACAAAACCCCGACCAAAUCCCGACACGUGUCAGCCUCGCCGAUCAAGCGGCGCAACUUAACCAACUCGAACAAAACGACCUCUCUAGGGCUCACACAGUCGGAUCCAUAUUGAAUUGCGACGACGACGAUGAUAAUGAUAACGAGGUCGUUUUGAACCGAGAGGACUCAAACGCGUCCUUGGCCGUUGGAUUGGAAAACAGGAUUAAAUUAGAAGGGAGUAGUAGGAGUAUUUUGACCGAGGCGGCAAAAGUCGGUGGGGUUGAAUACGAGGACCAGGUGUUUGACGAAAUUCCUGAAACGGCGGGGUUUCGUGAAAUUGAGAUAGAAUCGGGUAGGGACGAGGUAAAUGUGGGCGAAAGCGAGGACAAUAAGGGACACGAGAGCGAUGGAGUGGGGAGCAAUGAGAAUGAGGGUGGAGGAGAGGAGGGGGAGGGGGGUUUCGGUGACUGGGAGGGGGUGGAGAGGACGGAGCUGGAAAAACAGUUCGGCGACGCGGUGGUGUUCGUGGGGUCUAAGAGCAAUGCCGAUCAGAUUUCGAGGCUGGAUAGUGAUGCGAAAAUGCAGUUGUAUGGGCUGCAUAAGGUUGCGAUCGAAGGGACGUGUAGCGUGCCGGCACCCAUGGCGUUGAAGGUCUCUGCUCGCGCGAAGUGGAAUGCUUGGCAGCAGCUUGGAGACAUGAGUCGAGAGGAGGCCAUGGAGCAAUAUAUUAGCCAUUUGUCAAGGAGCAUUCCAGGGUGGACGGGGUGUGAUGCAAAAGGUUUCUCAGAUGAGAAAUCAGCUCCAGUUCCAACUGUUAAUGUACUUAACCAACAUGUUACAGAAAAUGAAAGUACGUUGAGGGAGCUGAAGCCUGGUGAUGAGGGACGUGGAAUGACUGGGAGCAUUCAAACUCCAUAAACACAGAGAACAAUUGGCUUCUCUGCUGUUUGCUUCCAUGACCGCAGCAGUACCUCCACAGAUUAGGAGUUUGCUUAAGGUUCAAAGCUUCGGUAUUGCGAAAACCAACUAUACUAUUCUGCUUCUGUAUGUAAAUGAAGUACUAGUCAUAAGUCUACGGUUACUUAUGUCUAGAGAGUCAUAGCCCUGGUUUUCGUAGGGCAUGGUCGGAACCGUUGUAAUUAUUAGGGUUUGGGAGAAUUUUUUUGUUUUCUUUCUUGCAUAUGUAAUUAUACUUAUAAUAUCAUUACGUAUAUAGAUUUGAUGGCGUUUGAAGAUCCUCAUCUGAGGAUACAUGCAACAA